AUGACACCAAAUCUUGUCCAACAUUUGACCCUCCACACCCAUACAUACAAGAUCUUGCGAGAACUAAAGCAGCUCAUAAACCAACACCUCCAACAACAUCAAGCCUUUUCCCACAGCGAUCCAUCCACCAGUUUCAGAAUGGAACCCCCUCUCAACGAAGCCUUCGAGUCUACGACAGAUCCUCUUGCAGAUUUGCCACAGUACAUUCACCCCUUCCGUAAGGAAUUCAACGGGCUUCAGGAUUUCAUCGAGAACUUUCAACAACGCAAAGUAGAAAUGGAAGACCAUCACUGCCCUCUCUCUAAACUCAAAGACUUUGUUCAGUUGAAUAUCGUGGGAAUCCAGCAACAGAUCGUGAACUUGAUUCACAUGAUGAGCCCAUUCUCUUUCAUGCGGCUUCCAUUGGAAAUUCGCGGAAUCUACUCUUACUUCCUGCCAGAGAGUGAGAACACAUGGAGUCAAUUCACUUCCAAGUUUCCCACUUACCCAAGAGAGCUUGCCAAGGAUGCUCUCAGUCUCCUCUGCACAAAGCAAAUACAUAACGAGGUCUUGGUUAUCCUUCCCUUUAAGGGCAAUAUGAAUCUUCGUAAUUUCAUCACCAAAGCUCCUUGUGAAGUAUAUGGCUGGUAUGGGGAGAUAUGGAAGGGUUUUUACCUAUUGUUUUCGCAACACCCUUUCUUUACUUCCAAAGUCUACACCCUGGAAUGA